UAAAAAACAAAUAUGAACACAAAAUCCGAUUUCAAACCGAACUAAAAACUUAACCUGAAAUCGACCUGAUAACCUGAAUCAACAAAUAUGCAUUGUACAUUUGUAUCAUCUUUAACGAGUUAUCCAUUUAUUGAUUAAUGGAUCCAUAUUCCAUACCAAGACUUUCCUAUGGAUUCAAUAAUAGUCCAGCUAAUCCAUUUACCUUAUCCCUCCAGAUUCUCCCCUUGUUAGUUGUUACCUGUUCGUUGCUACUUACCCAAAACAACGACUUUCCUCAACAUAACCCAAAUCUGAAUUCUUUGUGAGAUGAACUAAACCUUCUUCCUUUUCAAACCCAUAAAAAUUUCAGAUAAUAUAUUGUCUCAAAAAUGUCUUGCAUCUAUGGAAGUAAUUGCUUUGUAUCUUCCUUCUCGGCUUAUUCUUUUUCCAAUCCAAGACUUUCAUCAUCACAAAAUUCUAAAUCUUCUUCAAUUCAAUGCACUGCUGGAGGUGUAGUAGCAGACUCAAAGGGAGCAACUACAUCUGAACCCUUGUUGCUAAAUGCUGUGAAAGGAUUGGAUGUUGAAAGACCACCAGUUUGGUUGAUGAGGCAAGCUGGGAGAUACAUGAAGAGUUACCAAGCUAUCUGUGAGAAGUAUCCUUCAUUUCGUGAAAGAUCGGAAAAUGUUGAUCUUGUUGUCGAAAUAUCUUUGCAACCAUGGGAAGUCUUCAAGCCCGAUGGAGUUAUUCUAUUUUCGGACAUUUUGACCCCACUCUCGGGAAUGAAUAUACCUUUUGACAUUGUGAAAGGAAAGGGUCCGGUCAUAUUUGAUCCUCUACGUACGCAGGAAGACGUUGAUCGGGUUAGAGAGUUUGUUCCGGAGGAGUCCGUUCCAUACGUUGGGAACGCCUUGACAAUUUUGAGGAAAGAGGUCGACAAUAAAGCUGCAGUUCUCGGUUUUGUUGGGGCUCCUUUUACCCUUGCAUCAUAUGUAGUUGAAGGUGGCUCAUCAAAGCACUUCAGCAAAAUUAAACGAUUGGCUUUCUCUGAUCCGAAGGUUUUACAUGCUCUUCUUCAGAAAUUUGCGACAUCUAUGGCAAAUUAUGUCAAGUACCAAGCAGAUCACGGUGCACAAGCUGUUCAAAUCUUCGACUCAUGGGCAACUGAGCUCAGUCCGGUAGACUUUGAAGAGUUCAGCUUACCGUACUUGAAACAGAUAGUUGAUUCUGUUAAAUCUACUCAUCCGAAUCUUCCAAUCAUACUCUACGCUAGUGGGUCUGGUGGAUUGCUAGAACGGCUGCCUUUAACUGGUGUCGAUGUAGUGAGCUUGGAUUGGACAGUCGACAUGGCGGAAGGUAGGAAACGGUUAGGAUCUGACGUUGCGGUGCAAGGUAAUGUGGACCCUGGUGUGCUUUUUGGGUCGAAAGAAUUCAUAACAAGUCGGAUAAUGGAUACAGUGAAAAAAGCCGGUAGAGGGAAACACAUUUUAAAUCUCGGUCAUGGGAUUGUUGUAGGUACACCCGAAGAGAAUGUCGCUCAUUUCUUUGAAGUUGCCAAGAAUAUUAGAUACUAAGAGUUACGUUUUGUUUUUUUUUUUUUUUUUUUUUUUUUUGCGCCCUGAUUGAGGAAUUUGUAUAAUUUUUGACAGUCAUGGCCAAAUAUUGGCUUUUGAAACGUGUUGAUGUACUUAGACAGUAUGACUCACCCGAAUUGUCAAUUUCGGUUUUCAUGGUUCUUUCGUAGCUCAUGACGAUCUGAUCCAUCAUUUGGGCACGCUGGUAAACAAUUUGAGAGUAAGGUUUCUAAGUUUCAACGUCAAAAAUUAGAUGUUUGAUGAUAAUGUAUGACAAUCAUCUCAAGUAAAUAUUUUAACAGUGAAAGCGAACGUGAGUAUUUUAAC